AUGGUUCCUCAGAGGAAUGGACUGUCCCUUCAGUCUCAACUCAGACCCCUCAGUGCUUUGGUUUUCCAUCUUCUCCUGACACACUCUGUUAGAGGUCAGUCUCAGUUGAUGGGUCCAUCUCAGCCAAUAGUGGCAACAGUUGGUGAUGACAUCAUUUUACCAUGUCACCUGGAACCUGCAGUGGACGUUGCUGCCAUGACGUUGGAAUGGACGAGAACUGACUUGAAUCCUAUAUUUGUCCUUGUGUGGCGAGCUGGUCAGGACUAUUUACAUAGUAAAGAUCCAUCCUACAAAGGAAGAACGUCUCUGUUCAGUGAUGAACUGAAGAGAGGAAACAUUUCACUGAAACUCUCUGAUGUGAGACCUUCUGAUGCAGGAAGAUACAGAUGCUUCAUCCCAACAUUCAAUAUAGACUCUUUCGUUGAGCUUGUUGUUGGUGCUGCGUCCUCACCUGUCAUCAGUUUAGCAGGGAUCGACAGAGACAAGGGGGGAGUGGUGUUACAGUGUGAGUCUGCAGGCUGGUAUCCAGAGCCUGAGGUGUUGUGGCUGGACGGUGAGGGAAAGCUCCUCUCUGCUGGACCUACAGAGACAGUCAGAGGUCCUGAUGACCUCUAUACUGUCAGCAGCAGAGUGACUGUGGAGAAGAGACACAGCAACAGCUUCACCUGUAGAGUCCAACAGAGGAACAUCAACCAGACCACAGAGACACACAUCUCUAUGUCAGAUGAUUUCUUUAAGGUCCAGUCCAGUUCUGCUGUUCCCAUCAUCACUGGUUUGGCUGUUAGUUUGACUGUUUGCAUCAUGUUUAUAGCCUUACUCCUCAUUUUUUUGUGGAAAUGGAGGCAAGACAUAAUCAAGACCAAGAGAAGCCACUGUGAUGAAACUGAGACAGGAAAAAAGAAGAACAGCUCUAAAACCAACAAAACUGAAGAUCAGUCUGUUCCUGUUGAAGAAAGAGAGCACCUCAUGACAACUGAAACAGUGGAAAUGAAGAUUGAGAAGCAGAGAUGUCAGCAGCAGCUCCUGGAGGAGCAGCAGAGGAGGGAGGAAGCUGAGAAGGGAGUUCAGACUCUGAAAGAAGAGAUGGAGACCAAGAGGAAGGAGGUUGAAACUAAACAAUAUGAGCUGCAGCAGCUCCAUGAAGAGAAGCAGAGGAACGAGGACGAGCUGCAGACACUGAAGGAAGAGCUGGAGAAGAAAAACAAAGAGCUGGAGACAAUUCCAGAAACCCAUUGCUUCUUGUCUCGGAGGCACCACAGGUUUAGACACCAGAGAUGGGAAGUGGAGACACUGAAGAUCAAGCUGGAGACUAAACAGACGGAAGUAGACUCCAAAAUCAAAAAGAUUGAUGAGAAACAAGCUGAAGUCCAGCAGCUCCAGAAUCAGAUUCAGAUGGUGUCCAACCUGCAGAUCCUGAUGGAGACUCUGUCCAAAAACAUGGAGUUGGAAAGAAGCAGAGUCACUCCAGCCCACUCUUCCUCCUCUGCUGUAAGUGGCCAGUCAAAGUGGCCGAUAGUUUCCAGGCAGAAGUUCCAGGAGGAGCAGCAGAGGAGGGAGGACGCUGAGAACAAGGUGAAGAACCUGAUGAAGGAGCUGCAGACUCAGAUCAAGGAGUGGAAGAAGAACUAUGAGCUGAUGGAGAACAAGAAUAAAGAGAUCAGCCACAUUAAGAGACAUGUAUGUAUGCACGCAUGA